AUGAUUCGACCAGCCGCAGCCCGCCGGGUCAUCCCGCGGACACGAUGCACCCAAACCCUCCGUUCCUCUCCAGCUGCUGCGCGACGAACCUUUCUCUCAUCGAAGAGUUCUGUUCGCGCGACGCAAGACUUUGAUCUGAACAAGCUCAACACCAAACGACGAGACUACGAGCACAAUCGCACCGCUUUCCUCAUUGCUGGCACUGUCGCUGGCGUCACCUCAUUCAUAUACACUGCUUUCAAGUUAAAGGAUGCCUUGAAGGCGGAGGCUGAGAGGAGGAAGAACGAAAGCUCCGCACAGUGCGAUGCCCCUACGAUACCCAAGGAGCAGUUCAAGACGGAGGCGGGCGAGAAGCGCAAAGUUGUCGUUCACGACGAGGACGGCCAGGAAAUCGUGCCCACAGGCAAUGGCGUUGUACCGGCCUUCCCUCGACUCCUGAACGUGAAACUGCCAUCCGAGCAGACACCGCAAGGCCCCAUUGCGGCGUCGAUUUCGGACAACGACGGAACCGAGUUCACCCUGGUUGGGCUCGGGACCCGCACGGUUACCUUCAUCGGCAUUCAGGUCUACGUUCUGGGCUUCUACGUGGCCACGCAAGAUGUAGCCAAACUGCAGAGCUACCUGGUGAAGAGUGUCAACUCUUUAGCUACGACAUUGAUCCCGUCCGAGAAGGAGACUCUGCGCAAGUCGCUGCUUGACCCAGCCGAGGGCGAGGAGACAUGGGACAAGAUUCUGCGGGACGCUGGAUGCCGCACCAUCUUCCGCAUCACCCCUGUCAAGGAUACCGACUUCCACCAUCUCCGUGACGCCAUGGUAAGAGCUAUCACGGGCCGGUCGCAGCGUGACGCGGAGCACUAUGGUGAUGAGCAAUUCGGCACCGCCCUGAAAGACUUCAAGGGCUUGUUCAACCGCGGCUCGGUUCCAAAGACUAAGGAAAUCCUUCUGAGCCGUGAUGGCGCCGGCCAGUUCUCGCUCAUGUUUGACACAUCUGGCAGGAAAUCUCAGAAGACCAAGAAGGAAGUCCUGGGCGUGAUUUCUGAUGAACGGAUAUCCAGGCUCCUCUGGCUCAACUACCUUGCUGGAAAGAAGCCUGCAUCUGAGGAGGCCAGAACAAAUAUCAUUGAUGGAAUUAUGGAGUUUGUAGAGAGGCCCAUCGGCACUGUUGCCGCCCAGGUAUUGUAA